AUGACGAUACCCAGUCGUGCGGAAUGCGAACAAGAAGUUCGAUCCUGGGGUUUCAAAACGGCGAUCACUUGGAAUGAUGUCCCCCAUCAUGCGUCGCACUCUCAUGACGGACUCACCACUUUUUUCAUCCGUACUGGCUCUUUAACGAUUUCGCAUCCUAAUGAUGAGACUGUAAAGCAAGAGACUUUUGGACAAGGUUUCGGAAUCGAUGUUCCUGGUGGGAAAGUGCAAGAAAUAUGGAUCGGGCCCCAGGGAUGUGAGUAUAAUAAGUGA